UUAGGCGUUGACCCAUGUACUCAGGAGAUGGAUGACCAAUAUCCAAUGGGUCCUUUGGUACCUUGCUCCUUCUUACCAGACGAGUUCAUAGAAUGUAACACGCCGGAACUUCUUCCUCCUGCCCACAACGAUACGCUGGACGCUGGAUUCUGCUCGAGAUUUGGAGGUCAGAGAGCUGAAGAUGUGGAGUGGACCUGGGUAGCCUGUAGAGCUUUACCUUGCAUUGAAUGUCGUGGGAGGCGACAUUUUUUCAAGAGGACACCGUGUAUCAAGUACACUGGUCAUUACUUCCUUUCCACAUUGCUAUACUCCAUUUUCCUCGGUGUGGUAGCAGUGGAUCGAUUUUGUCUCGGCUACUCAGCUAUAGCUGUUGGAAAACUGAUGACUCUUGGAGGGCUUGGGGUGUGGUGGAUCAUCGACAUCUUUCUGCUAGUCACAGGAAAUCUAACUCCAGCGGACGAUUCCAAUUGGGAGCCUUAUUACUGA